AUGGCAUCUAGCAAGAACCAACCUGAAAUUAUCAACUUGGUUGACACCGAUGACGAAGAGUUCUACGUUGACCUCGAGGCUCAGGAAGCCGUCUUGAACUGGGAUGAUAGCUCUAGUGCUAUUGAGAUCAAAACCGAAGGAAAAGAUAGCGAUAUUGCCACCCCUCAGCCGCGCGCACAGGACUCGGGGUAUAACAGUAGCUCUUCCAGGCCCCAUCUUCAAAAUCUAUAUCGUCAUGCUUAUGAUGGCGGCAUUUCGUUCGUUCAUCUAGGUUCCUCAUCACAGUCUCGUACUCGAACUCUUCGAUUGAUAGCAGAGGAAGAGAGCGACGAUGAGGUAGACCCAUACAAUCCUUGGACACCUCCCACAUAUACUGGCCACGAGCUUGACUUUGGUACACCUGCCGUGGAUGCGCCUGCUCCCGAAAUCCCUGUCAUUGGUUCAUCUGUCGCUAGCGAGCCUAUUGACAGAAACAAUAACAAAGGGAAAGGACCUAAGAUGACCUGUAUCUAUUCCCAGCACCAAUUUGACGAGAAUGAACUAGAAAGAGAGCUCAACCAAUCACCUAGGGCUCCUUUUGACCAGGUUGAAUAUGACUCUGCCCUCGAAUUUGAGGAGCCAAGUCUGAGAGACAUGUGCCGUAAAAGGAAACGCAGCAGGCCUACCGAGUAUUCAAAAGUCCCGGAAGAGGCCUCCCAAAGGCUGAUCGACUACUGGACCAAUCACAUGUGUACAGUAGCCGAAGCGGCUAGAGCGGUGCACCUGAAUCCAAGGACCGCUUGGAGGUAA